AUGGCUGAGAUGAUUGCGACCAAGAAACUCACCACAAACGGAACGCUUGAUGAUACCUCCAACCAUGGCAAAAGUGUUCAUUCUCGCACCACAAUCCCUGACCUCAACGUUAAUGGCGGACCAGGACCAGCGGUUGAGACCAAUGGCUCACCGGAACACCACGCCUCUGACCCAGGGAACACUCAGCGAGAUCACUCACCGGAUAAGCUCACGCCCUACUCGACCUCUUCUAAGAUCGCCGGCGUGUUGAAAAAGAGUUCACAACCCAGUCCUAAUAUUUCCGUUGCAGGACUGACCGAGCAACCAUCGAAUCCUCUAGAGAAAGAUGUCACUGAUUCAGACACCGCCCUUCCCAUCACAGGCACUCCCAUAGUAGGGAGAAAGAGUGUGCAGUUUUCCCGGGAUACCGAAGAGAUAGACGCAUAUGAUGCUGGUCAGACCACACCUUCGGGAGAACGUGGCGAAGGUGCGGAUCAGGACAAGCCUCAAUCUUUGAUGGCAAGGCUCCGAGCCCUGGCCAUUCCUCAAAGUUUCACUCAUACGAGAACAGCCAGUGGUAUGUCCAUCACUGGGAGGACACCGGAUGGCAAGGAUCAAGAUAUGGUGUCAACCCCACAAUCUGGUGUCCUUGCGGCGACUCUCGAAGAAGAUAGUGGCGCGGAAGCUGAUGCAGACGCGGAUGCUGAGGAGAGUGCAGCAGAAUACAAGCCAACAUUGUCCGCGCCGCGCAAGCGUAGGAGGAAAGCGCGCCGUGUCGAUGAUAUUGAGACCGCUCCUUCAUCGCCACAUAGUCCCAUGCGUACUGGCAUGAAUAGUAACCCACUCAACUUCGAUUCUGAACGUCCUCGAGUCCUUGCUCGGCGAGCCACAGAUACAGAUAUGGGUCCUAGUCAAACUCACCAAGGCAUGUCCGAAGAUGAAGGUCGCAAACAGCUGUCGCGCGACAACAGUGCCUGGACUCCCCGCCAUCCGUUACGUGGCCUGAGUUAUGGUGGGCAGAGAAAACCUGGUGACUCGACCCCGGAAGGCUCCAGACGACCGUUGACGCUGCUGAAUUUCGCCACAAUCACGUCAUCACGAGAAGGAGCACAGAGUGAGUCCCAGACUCCCAAAACACCAUCGCGUCGGAAAUUGAUGACGGAGAGAGGCACGACGUUGAGCGCAGCAAAGUGGAAACAGUUGAAGAAUAGUCUACGCUUACUGGGCCAAAGCAAGAAAAAGGAACGUACCCCUGACCACGAAAAGUCGGCCGAGCUCCUGGCGGAACUUGCUGCAGGAACACCUGCCGCUCUGAUGCUCGCGAGCAUGUUUCAACGGGAUGAGCAUGACAAUCGAAGAAUUCCCGUCCUCCUCGAACAACUUAAGAUCCAGAUCACAGAUAGUGAAGUGGAUUCAAAGUAUAAAGACCCGGACCCAAACACCGCUGGUGAACGACACUUAGUGUUUCGUAUCGAAUUGGAGUAUGGAAAUGGCAUCAACAGGAUGAAAUGGGUCGUCAAACGAACAGCUUCAGAUUUCUGGAAUCUUCACGUAAAGUAUAGAAUUUUCUACGGCUCUGAGAGGCUACGAGGUCGAGGAGACACGGGUGACAAAUUUCCUAGCUUUCCAAGGAAGGCUUUCCCUUAUGCUAAAUCAUGGCGCUGGUUUGACGACGAGUCUGAUGAGGGGGAGGACGACUUGGAAGAUGCAGAUGGUGGUAAUGCCACUGAUACAGAGCUGAGAACCCCCAAGCUUCAACAUCGUCCCUCAUUCAUGCCCAGCCGACGGAAGUCCAGUGUCGCAGGCAUCCCAGACCCUGCAACUCCUGGUGGUGCAAAACGAGAUGUCCGCUUCGCUGAUAGACAACGAAAACAGCUGGAGCAGUAUCUGCAGAAGAUGAUGAAGUUUCUACUCUUUCGCCCAGAGAGUAAUCGAUUGUGCAAAUUUCUCGAGGUUUCGGCGAUGGGCAUGCGCCUUGCAGCAGAAGGGAGUUAUCAUGGAAAAGAAGGCUUCUUGACAAUUCGCUCAGCGAAAGGGCUGGAUUUCCGGAGAGCUCUUACCCCUUCCAAUGUUACUAACCGGCACACACCGAAAUGGUUUCUGGUUAGGCAUAGUUACGUUGUUUGUGUUGAUUCGCCCGAAGAAAUGCACAUAUACGAUGUCUUUCUAUUCGAUUCAGACUUUCAAAUUCAAACGUCCAAACAACGUUUGAAAAAUCAUCCGCGAGCCAAAGAAUUAGCUGGUGUUGCAAGAGAGUCCACUGGGCAGCAUCAUCGACUGAAAUUAGUCAACUCAGAAAGAAAGCUCAAAUUGCUGGCUAGAAAUGAACGACACUUGCAUCAAUUUGAGGAUUCAAUUCGGGCGACAAUCGAGACGUCUCCUUGGGCAAAGACCAACAGAUUCGACAGCUUUGCCCCGGUCCGGCCAAACUGUUUCGCUCAGUGGCUCGUUGAUGGUCGAGAUUAUAUGUGGGUCGUAUCUCGUGCUCUGAAUCAGGCAAAGGACGUGAUUUACAUCCACGACUGGUGGCUAAGUCCUGAAUUGUACUUAAGGAGGCCCCCUGCCAUCAGCCAAAAAUGGCGACUUGACAGAUUGCUUAAGAGAAAAGCCGAAGAAGGUGUCAAGAUUUUUGUCAUCGUUUACCGCAACAUCGAAUCCGCCAUUCCUAUCGACUCACAAUACACCAAGUUCUCCUUGCUCGAUCUUCAUCCCAACAUAUUCGUUCAAAGAUCCCCUAAUCAAUUCCGGCAAAACACCUUCUUUUGGGCUCAUCACGAAAAGCUCGUUAUUGUUGAUCACACCCUCGCAUUCGUUGGUGGUCUUGAUCUAUGUUUUGGCAGGUGGGACACACCACAACACACACUUGUGGAUGAUAAACCAACUGGAUUUGAACCGAGUGAUCAGCCCAAGGAUGCGGAUCAUUGUCAACUGUGGCCCGGUAAAGACUAUUCGAAUCCGCGGAUACAAGACUUUUAUGCACUUAACAAACCAUACGAGGAAAUGUACGACCGUCAACAGGUAGCGCGGAUGCCAUGGCAUGAUAUUUCUAUGCAGAUCGUUGGACAGCCUGCUCGGGAUUUGACCCGACAUUUUGUGCAAAGAUGGAACUAUAUUCUGAGACAGCGGAAGCCUACUCGGCCGACACCGUUUCUGUUACCGCCCCCAGAUUUCAAUCCUGCAGACCUAGAAGCUCUCGGCCUCGAUGGGACAUGUGAGGUCCAAAUAUUACGUUCUGCAGGUCCUUGGUCAAUUGGAACACCCGAGAAAACAGAGCACAGCAUCAUGAAUGCAUACGUCAAGCUCAUUGAAGAAUCCGACCAUUUUGUCUAUAUGGAAAAUCAAUUCUUCAUCACAAGCUGUGAGACCGAGGGCGCCACGGUCCACAACAAGAUCGGCGAUGCGUUGGUUGAGCGAAUCACCAGAGCAUCAAAGAACGAUGAGGCUUGGCGAGCUGUGAUAGUCAUACCUUUGAUUCCAGGAUUUCAAAAUACGGUUGAACAAGAAGGUGGGACCAGUGUCCGUCUGAUUAUGCAAUAUCAAUAUCGAAGCAUUUGUCGAGGGGAGUCCUCAAUAUUUGGUCGCCUCAAAAGUGUUGGCAUCGAGCCUGAAGAUUACAUCCAGUUCUACAGUCUUCGGCAGUGGGGUCGACUCGGUCCUCGCAAAACACUCGUAACAGAACAGCUUUACAUUCAUGCAAAAUGCAUGGUCGUUGAUGACCGGGUUGCCCUUAUUGGUUCUGCCAAUAUCAAUGAACGUUCUAUGCUGGGCAAUCGUGAUUCUGAGUGUGCGGCUGUUGUUCGAGACACUGAUAUGGUGUGGUCAACAAUGAAUGGUAAGCCGUACCAAGUCGGACGCUUCCCUCAUACACUUCGCAUGCGGUUGAUGCGGGAGCAUCUUGGCCUCGAUGUUGACAAGAUUAUGGAAGAUGCCCAAGUCAUGGAGGCUGAACAUCGGAAGACCGAAGCCGUCAAAGAGUCCCAUGGGAAGCAACCUCGGGGCGACGGAUUUGGAAGCCAUCAAUCAGAAGAUGACGAUAUGCUUAGUCCAAUUGAUAGACGAAACGCCGAGCUUCGGGAAGAACUGCUUCAGCGGUCGGAGGAUCUGAAAAGUUUCAACCAUGAUGUGGAUUGGGAACAGCAGGAUAAUCCCAACCUCAAAAGCAACCGCAAGCUCACUGAGGAUUCUCGAGUAACUGGAAAUGCAACCCACCGGCAAGAUAUCUCGGGUUAUGGAGCCGACAACAUGGCCAUUGCAGAGGCUGCAGGGUUUGCUGUAGGCAGAGAUACGACAUUGGCCAGUGGUGCCAAAGAGGUGCUAAUUUCGAACCUUGACACUGAGGGUAGAGCCCCUGUACAGAACCCUAGGAAGCACGGUGAAACCACACGUUUACCGUCUUAUGUGGUCAAACUCGAAACUCCAAAUCCACCAUUGCCUCCUAGGCCAUCCAUUGGGGAGCGCAUGAAUACCGAACAAUUAGGACUUCCCAUGCUAUCUCAACUUCCUGCCUUGCCACAGGAAGAUGACACUGAUAUUGGUGGACCUCCUCUUGUUAAGCUUGGUUCUCGAGAUUCUAUACGUACCCGCCACCCUCUGAUGAAUGAUCUCCGGCGACCACUUGUUGAUCGAGACUGUAUGACAGAUCCUAUUCAUGACGCUUUCUUCUUUGACACAUGGCAUGCUGUAGCGGAGAACAACACGAAAAUCUUCCGCGCUGUCUUUCGUUGUAUGCCAGAUAACCUAGUUCGAAAUUGGGAAGACUAUCAUGAAUACAUGAAAUAUGAACAAAGAUUUAAUUCCAUGCAGGGAAAUGAGAUACCGGACAACACCAAAAUACCACAUCCAGGACGCGACGGUCAAGACACCAAGAGUGGACCGCCUGGUGCUGGAUCCCGAGCACCCGCUGCACAGCUGAAGGCAUUGACGCAAGUUCCAAGUGAUCUGGAGAAACGCACAGGUGAAUUGAAAGAUAAGGUGAAACACACACUGGGCGGUGAGACCAGGAAUGAGAAGCAAAACAACGAGAAAGAUGAAUUGCGGCAAUGGGCGGCUGAAGCAAAUCAAGCUCAAGUUCAACGACAGGCGUUCCCUGCUCUCCAUAGGCAGGAGACAUUGACUGAGGAGAAAUCUGGAUUGCAGACUGUGCACGAAGGCCAUACUAUUCACGAGGAAGGGAGUGGUGAAGAGGACGAUGUCAGCACCUCUCCACCUACGAGUAGUCCAAGCAACGAUACUGCAGUUGAGCAAGACAAAGCACUUGCUGAAACGACCUCGAACUCGAAUGCCACUUUUGUGGGCUAUUCAGAUGCACUGAACCAAAACUAUGCACAGGGUUCAACGGCCACUGGCACUAAUAACGGCAGUGGAAAGCGCCGUAGGAGGGCAACCACUCGAUCCAGUAGACGCGACUUCAGCGCCACUGAUGAUUUGCCGAGCCUCGAAGAGGCAGAGGAACUGCUAGGCUGCAUUCAGGGUCAUCUUAUUGUUUGGCCCUACGACUGGCUCGAAAAAGUCGAGGCCGGAAGUAACUGGCUGUUUCCAUUCGACCAAAUCAGUCCGAUUGAAAUAUAG